AUGGCUCCACAGACUGGCUCCACUGAAAAGGAGACGCGACCUGUUUCAGCCUUUCUACAGCUUUUCACCUGGGAAGAGAUCAGAAUCCACAAUGGCCAUGGUCAAGGUCAGGAGCAAUGGCUGGUGAUUGACAGGAAGGUUUAUGAUGUCAGCAAGUUUUCCAAACAACACCCUGGAGGCAGCCGAGUUAUUAGCCACUAUGCUGGGCAAGAUGCUACGGAUGCCUUUGUAGCAUUUCACAAUGAUAAGUCCCUGGUGAAAAAAUACAUGAAAUCUCUGCUGAUUGGGGAGUUGGCACCAGAUCAACCCAGCUUUGAGUCUAAUAAAAAAAAAUCACUUUUAGAGGAUUUUCGUGAGCUGCGCUGCACUAUUGAGAAGAUGGGACUUCUGAGGCCAGAUUACAUCUUUUUCUUCCUGAUUUUCCUUCACCUCCUGGUACUGGAUGCUGCAUCCUGGCUGGUGGUCUGGUACUUUGGGAUAUCCUUAGUGCCUUUCCUGGUUGGCAUGGCGUUCUUCACCAUUGCUCAG